AUGUUUGGGGUCGAAAGUCUUUGUUUUGAUUGGGAAAACAAAAUAUUGGAAGAAGACUUAAUUUCGCAACACGGAAUCGACUAUGAAAAAAAGCAAUCAAGAAAGCGUGAAUGUGAAGUACUACAAUCUGCAUUUACGAAGUUUAACUCCAUGAGAACUUCUCGUGCAUUUAUGAGAUUUAUGCGCCCAUUAGCGUGA